AUGGCGCUGUCCACCCGCGGGCACGGCUGCUGUUUUCCUGUCAUGAGUUUUCUGCACGUGCCAGGGAAAAUGUCGCAGCCGCUCUGGCUUAUGAUGGGGACCGCCUUCCUGCUGCAGGCGGCACACGGCACCGCUGCUUCUGGAAGACAGUUCCUCCUCUCCGCGAAGCAUACCUUUGCGCCAUGGCAGUUCAUCGCGGAUCCGACACGGCUGAAGAUACCGGAGGAGUAUCGCAAGACGAGGUUUGUAGUCGUGCGUCUGUACUUACCGGAUGAUGCUGGACGGGCGAUCGCCGGCAGCAAGGUGGACCUGCGUCUCGUGGCCCUUCACCCCUCGCUAGAUGUUGCGCUGCUGGCGCUGAACUUCGCCGCUGCUGCUUCCUCGGGGAAAAGCGAACCCAACGCACAUGCGGAGGAGGUGCGACGACUGGCAGAGACGGUGGGUGGUGGCCUCGCGUUGUCUGCGGCAGACCCCGCGGUGGGUGACUCGUGUCUCGUUUCCGGCUACCGUGGCGUGGGCUCUCUGGGACUGCUGGACACGGCAGACCCAGAUUUGCUGCGGCGUCUAUCUGCAGCGCAGCGCGACGAAUUGUUGGCUAAACUGAAGUGCGUGGAAGGGGAGCAGGUGGCAGUCACGUCGCGGGUGGAGGUGCUGCACGCCAGCGGGAUGUGCCGCGCGACUCAGGGCCGCUGCUACCACGGCAUGUCAGGCGCUCCAGUUCUUGUGAAUGGCUACACAUGUGGCGGUGUUCUUUAUGGUAAACACACGGAGCACGCCGGGUACUUGGGGUACACACCCGCACGCAGCCUUGACGCGUGGGUGCGGCGCACGGUGGGGGCGGGUUAG